CUCUUUCUUCCUCUCCUCUGUCUCCUCCCGUCUCUCUCUCCUCUCCCCACAGCCCCUCGCGGAAGCCUCUUCCGGCGGCGAUUCCGCAUCUCCUGGCCCUUCCGAUCGCUCACGGCCGCCGUGAUCUGCCGGAAAACUCCAGGGACUUCGUCGGCUCUCGACAAGUUUGACGAGUUACAGAUGUGGAGAUCUUUUUCCGCAAUUUUUUUGGACGCAUAUGAAUUAGUUAUGCCCGAGAAAGGGAGAAAGGGCGGGGGGCUCUUUUUAUGUAUCCGAAUAUGACAAAUUGUUGACGUUGCUUCCACGAUAUAGGCCCUUGGUACAUGUCAACCCACUGCACGAGGUUCUCACCAGUGUGGGUCUAGAUACUCAACCCUGCAAGUAGAGAGGCUGUUUCUGUAGCUUUAAGCUACCACCAAAAAAGAAAUCUCACAUGCUAUUUGUUUUUUAAAUUUACAAGUGCUGAUUAAAGGUGGUGAUUUUCUAUAAGUUUUGAUGAUCCAAGAGCUUUCACCAUCUUAUGGCUUCAAAUACUCUGUCUGGAGAUCGGAGAUGGGCUUCUGCACGAAAGUCGGGCAUGACUAUCUUGGGCAAAGUACCAAAACCCAUCAAUUUACCGAGUCAAAGGUUGGAGAACAAUGGUCUUGAUCCAAAUGUGGAAAUUGUUCCAAAGGGUACACUUACUUGGGGAAGUCGAUCAUCUUCAGCAACUCCAAAUGUCUGGAGUUCAUCAACAUUACUAUCACCUAAGACUGAUGGAAGUACUGGUUCACCAAGUCACUAUAGUGGUCGCCCAUCAUCUGGAAGUGGUACAAGGCCAUCAACGGCAGGUAGUGAUAGGUCCCAAGACCCUUCACCCAAUGCAUGGGGUUCAAAUUCACGGCCAUCUACAGCAUCUGGAUUAUUGCCAUCGAACCAAACACCAAUUGUUUCAGCUCGUCCUCGAAGUGCAGAAACAAGGCCAGGUAGCUCUCAGUUGUCUCGAUUUGCAGAAAAUUCAUCAGAAUCUGCAGUUGCAUGGGGGGCUACUAGAACUGCUGAGAAAUUGGGGGUUGGAUCAUCAAAAACUGAUGAGUUUUCCCUCAGUUCAGGAGAUUUCCCAACACUAGGCUCUGAGAAAAAGUCCGAGUCACACAGUCCGCAAGGUCACAAUUCCCAAUCACCCUCUGCUGCUGCUUCUGGUGCAUCGAGACCCAAUGAAAAGCUAGAACUUCCUGCGAGUGGAGAUAGUUUUGUGGAUAAUGAAAAUGCUAGUACUUUCAGAACAGAGAGAAAUUCAUAUGUUGAAGGUGGUGGUGGUGCUUUACUAAAUCAAAAAUGGCUGAAUAACCCACAGCAGACACAGCCAUAUCAAAGCUCAAAAGUGACAUCUCAUCAGUUCAAUUCUUGGCAUCGUCCUUCAGGCCAGCAUCCUGAUGGGGUUUGGUAUAGAGGAGGGGCAGUAGGUGGCCCAUACCGACCAGCAGGUCCCCCAGGCUGUUUUCCUGUUGAUCCUUUUACAUACUGUCAACGUCCAUUCCAACCUAAUUCUGAGGCUAUUCCAAGGCCAGGAACUGGAUCGGGCACUUACCAUCCUACAAAUGGAGAGACAUAUCGUCCUCAAGUUGUUCCAAAUUCGUACAUGUUCCCUAGUCAUUCUCUUAUUCCAGCUAGACCUGGGCCUUACCAAGCUUUGGGUCCCUAUGAUGGAUAUCAUAACUAUCAUCAAGCAAGCUUUUGCAGUUCAGGUGAACAACAAAUCCCUUCAACAGAAGUGUCUACUCGGCCAAAUUUGUAUGAUGAACAUCCUAAUCAUAAUAACAAUUUGACCUCAGUAGAGUUUCUGAAUAUCCCUGGUCGAGAUGAUUCACAACUGACCAAGGAACCAAUAUUAUCUGAUAGAGCUUGUGUUCCUCAUCAAGGGCACUACAAAGUUUUGCUAAAGCCACAUGAUGACUUGAAAGAUAAUCACCCACAAGGGAAGGGGCAAUAUGGUUCAUCUUCUCCAAGGCAUUUUGAUUUAGAAUUCAAACCAGGAGAUUCCAAUUCUAAGGAGGGUGAGCUGUCCAUAGCUGGCGGAAAGAAUGAAACAACAAAAUCUGUUACUUUGACUGAUUGCCAGGCUCCGACCGAGCUAGUUGGUAAUCAUGAAGAUCAGCUUUCAAAAGUUGGUGCCAAUAACUUGGGAAAAAAUAAGUGCAGAACAUCCGAUGGCCUGCUGAGGAGAGAACCAGGUAUUACAAUUCCAGUGGUUCAGGAUCAGAAACAUUAUCCCAUUAUGAGAAAGAAUUCUGCACUGAUUGAAAAGAUAGAAGGCUUAAAUAACAAAGUGAGGAAUGCUGAUAACCUUGAUGUUGGACAAUUGCCACUUAGAAAAGAGCAAACGAAACAACAGAAGUUUGCCAAUGCAAAAACUGAACGUCCUGCACAAGCUACUUUCUCUGAUGCUGCACCUACUGAAAAUGCUUCUACAUCUAGUGUUACACCUAUGUCUGUUUCUUUUGAGGGGAGUUCCAUAAAUGGCCCUAUAUCAAGUACUAUGGUGAUGCCUGUUUCUUUUGAUGGUGGUUCUAUAAAUGUAAUUAAUAAUUCUAAUGAAUUUAUUGAUUCAGCAGUUGUCCCUGGGACAUCAGAAUAUCAAGAUUUUGCCCUAAUGAAGCCUGAUUCUUUGAUACCUGGUGAAGCAGUUUAUUCACAUGUUCCAAAAAGGAUCAUUUCCACACGAAGGAAUAAUUAUCAAGCUAAGCCAUUAUUAGAUAAUCAGGUCGAUGGUGGAUUGACAAGAGAAUCGUCUGGAAGAGAUUCCUCUGUCAUUCCCGUUGAGAAAAAAGUUGCAGAUGGCCCAGUCUCCGGGAUUCUUGAUAAUCACUCUUCUAAGGAGACUGUUUUGACAUCCUCUUCAGAUCUACUUGAUCACAGAGCCCAGCGUGCCAAAUUAAAAGAGAUUGCUGCUCAGCGUGCAAAGCAACUGAAGGAGGAGGAGGAGGAGAGAACAAGGGAACAAAAGGCAAAAGCUCUUGCAAAGUUGGAGGAACUGAACAGACGCUCAGCAGCACAAAGUAUGAAUCAAAAAUUGAAUGAUGCUUUUUCCACAAGAAAGAGUGUGCAGCACCAAGAGGAAUCUAGAACAGAUAUUGCUCAAACUGAUGCUCUAACGGGUAACCCUCCAGGUGGUGUCCUAGUGGAGAAUGCUGACAUAUUUCUCCAGGCAGGUGAUUGUGAUAACAAAGAACAUGGAACAUCAAUUGCUUUGCCUUUAAAUACGGUUUCACAUCCGUCAUCACUGGGGCAUGAGACAAAUACUACAGAAAUGACAACCCAUAAUAUUGGUUCACAGUCUCAUGUGAGUGUUGGUUCCAAGCAUAAACAGAUGGGACAUAGAAGAAGACAGAAAGUUCCACUGGAGAAAAGUUUAGGAGAGAAGCCAAUGAUGGAGAAUGUGGGGUCAAAAUGUCUAGAUGAGGUUGUGCAGGAAAGAAGCCCAGAUGAGAAGCCAGUCACUGCUGAGAACAAAGAGAGUCCAGAAAUCAUUGAUGAGGUCAAUACACCUGCACCAGAUAGUGCUAUGUUGCAACAUAAUGGGGAUCCUUCUCUUCAGCACAAGAAGAAAAACAGUAGGAAUUCGAGGAAUAAGAACAAGGAUGAGCCUUUAAUGACUUCUAGUUUGUCCUUUUCAGCACAUUCCCAUGAAAAUGUUGAAGAACGUCUGAGUGAAAGUUCCAAGUCUCAUCUACCGGCAUCUAUUACAGUGACUUCAUCAGUGCUUGCCCAAGUUUCUCCUGAAAAUAGUGGAAGUCAAGACUCCAGGGAUGGUGUAGUACAUUCCAACCAAGGGUGUUCAAAUAUUAUUGAGGAAGUUCAUGGUAGGCUGAACAACCAAUGGAAACCCCAACCACCUAGAAGGCCAGCCAGAAGCCAGCAAAUUGUUAGGAACAUGGACAAGGUCCAUGGAAGUGAGACUGUUGUCUGGGCACCUAUAAAACCUGCAAAUAAGAAUGAGCAACCUGAGGAAAGCAGUCAGAGUAGUAUGAUGGGAAGUAACUAUGAGUCUUCACAAAGGAAUGAACAUGAUUUACACAAUGGUAUGAGAACAAGGAGGGCUGAAAUAGAGAGAUAUGUGCCUAAGCCUGUAGCCAAAGAAAUUUUACAGCAUGAGAACACACGAAAAUCUUCAUCCUAUGUUAAUCAGUCGGCAACGGGUGACAUGCCCAAUGAGUCUUACACUGAUUCUAAAGGUGUUAGAAUAGGUAAAUUUGAUGGGUCAGAGCCUCGGAGCACUGACUUCUUUUCUAAUACAAACGGGGAGGAUAAUAAGCCUAGCAAACGCGGUAGGGCACAUGCCACUUGGCGGCAGAGGAGUUCAUCUGAAUCUACAUUACCUUUGCAGAAUUCAAAUGAAAGCUUGAGUUCUUCCGACACUAGUAAGCUUUUUAAUAGGCCUUCUGGUCAGCAUCAAUUAUUACCAGAACAAGUAAAAUCUGAUGGCUGGGAGAGCAGAAACGAUUCUCUGGUGAAAGAUUCAGGUGUCCUUCCCGCUGUGAUUAAGGAUCAGGGAGUAACAAGCAGGCAAAGAAAUCAGCAAGUUCACAGACCUAGAGGAAGGAAUUAUGUCACGACUCCUGAUCAUCAAUAUUUGCAGCAUGGAAUGGAUGAUAAAGCUGGCGUUGGUUCUCCCAUCUUGGAUAUAAAUGAGACUGAUACAAGAAAUUCUACAAAGGAUAAUAAGAAUGCUAUCACUGAGCAUAUUAGAACUCAGAGUCACUGGAAACCAAAGUCUCAGACUUAUUCUCACAAUCAACAGCAGGGAACUACGGGCAGUGGAAGUCAAAGAAACCCUUCUCAUGAUGGCAGGUCCGAGAAGUUCACUUCUCCAGGCUUUGAGAGUAAUUCUUCAUAUAACGAGAAUGAUAGUGCCCUGACUGAAAAAGAUCAUGUAGUCACAGAUGCUGGUCAUAAAGAUUCUAUCAGAACUGAGACAGGUGCUAGUAGUUCUGAUCCAUCAAAGGAGCAGAUUCACAUCCCAAAACCAGAUGUGCCAAUUGAUACUGCUUUACCUCCAGAAAAUAUGAAUGCUCAGCGACAUGGACAUCGCGGUGGGCGUUUUAACAGAGGUCAGGAAGCAACAUAUAGAAUUAGGGAUUCAAUGCUAACUUCUGGAAGAUCAAAUGUGCAGAAAAAUGGCGACAAGCGAAAGAACAACUCACACUUGGGAUACCAGCCUGUGGGUUCUUAUAAUAAGCCAAGUGAUAUAAGACAGUUGGACUCUCACAUUGACCAAGAAGCUCAGAGUCAUCAUGCUUCUAGACAGAGGUACAAGGAACGGGUUCAGACACAAACAAGAAACCCUGGUCACUUCGUUAGGCGGGAUAGUGGUGCCACUGCUCAUGUUAAUGAUUCUUGCAACAGCGAAGAAUGAAACAUGUGACAGGUGCAUGCAUGGAUCCGUUUGUGCACAGCCGUCACAACAGGCUCUAAAUUUUCUGCACGUAUGCUUGUGGGUAGUGGAUAGUUUGUGGAGUCGGGUGAAGGUCAAAGUUCGAAUCAGUCUUAUUUAGUUGUCAGCAUGUUGGAGUCUGGUGACCGGCUUAAAUCCAAGGACAAUGACUUAGUAUGAUUUACUGUCUUCUGAAACUUGUUGGUUUUGACUUGCUUUUAGUCCCACUCGUUAGAUACAGCUUCAAAUUUUCGUUGAGGUAAAAUUUCUUCCUGCCAUGGGUAUGCUUGCUGCUGCUGUUAGUCUUACCUGACACAUUUGUUGUUUAACUACUGUAAGUCCAAUCCUUGUGCCCUAUGUGGAACCUGUGUACAGAAAUAGACUUACGAUUAAGGUGUUGCAUUGUGUUUUUCUGUUUUCA